UGGGGCAGUAGGAUCUGUGCGAGGUUUAACCCACAUGUGGUUGUGUCAGCAUCCCUAGUUGUAGAUUUGAGUGUCUUGGCAUUGAAUUGAUGGCCACAAACAAUCCGUGGGUGGCGCGAUGCUGCAUCCUCAGCGCGUUAGUGUGCACUGUAGGUCUAUUGUGUGUAUGCGUGACCUUUCUCGUGUCUGUCACGUGUAUGAACGGCACUUUCAAGCAUGCUGCUGUGUCUGCAGACUCACCGCUUUGCUCCCAGGUUGGCAGGAAUGUUCUCCAGCAGGGUGGCUCGGCAGUAGAUGGCGCCAUUGCAGCUCUUCUGUGCACCUCUGUGGUCUAUCCCCAAAGCAUGGGCCUGGGCGGAGGCGCUGUGGUCACAGUUAGAAACAGAACAGGCAAGGUCACGGUCUUCAACUUCAGAGAGACCGUCCCUCGGAAAUUUAAACACAACCUCUUAGACGACUGUCCUGCCACAAGCAACCAUGUGACAGGUAGUCAGUGGAUCGGCGUUCCAGGAGAGCUGCGAGGCUACGAAGUCCUUCACAAGCAGUUUGGCCGGCUGCCAUGGUCCAAACUGUUUGAGGAGCCCAUCAGACUUGCCAAGGAGGGCAUCCCCGUGUCUCCUUUUCUUGGGAAGCUGCUUCAGUUCCCUUCCAUCAAAGGCAAAGUGGAAAGUUCAGCACUGUGUGAAGUUUUCUGCAACGAGAACAGCAGCACUCUGACGACAGGAGACGUGAUUAAGUUUCCUCAACUGGCUGAAAGCAUGGAAGUGAUUGCCAAGCAAGGAGCGGACGCCUUCUACGGUGGCGAGAUUGGACGGCAUUUAAUUCAAGACGUUAAAGCCGCAGUCACAUUUUCAGGUGGGACGUUAGAAAUGGAGGAUCUGAGGUCCUAUCGGGUGAGGGUGGUUGAUGCCUGGACUGUUCCGUUGGGGGACACGAUGAUGCACGUCCCUCCGCCGCCUGCCGGGGGCGCCCUGCUUGCAUUCAUCCUCAAGAUCAUGCAAGGGUUCUCCUUGACAUCACAUUCCCUGGUUGGUGACCACAAAGUCCUGUUUUACCAUCGUUACCUGGAGGCAGCCAAAUUCGCUAAUGGCCAGCGAGGGAACAUUCGUGACCCUUUCUUCAACAGCAGGACGAGUGCAGACCACUUGAUCGACGACGCCUUCGUCCAGCACAUCAGGGCGAUGAUUUCCUCCAACGGCACCCAUCACGACUCCUACUACGACGUCAAGCCGUUUCCGGACCACACGGGAACGUCGCACGUGUCCAUCCUGGACGAAGACGGACUGGCUGUGUCUGCUACCAGCACCAUAAACCACCUAUUCGGAGGAACGGUUUACUCUCCGCAGACAGGCAUCAUCCUUAAUAACGAGCUGUCUGACUUCUGUGGGAGAGCAGACACAUUAAAGCCAGGUGAGCAGCCUCCCUCCUCCAUGACACCAGCUAUACUCGAGUCCAAGUCUGGAGGACUUCUUGUGAUUGGAGGAGCAGGAGGAAGCAUGAUCACCCCUGCGGUGGCCUUGUCUCUCAUAAAUCACCUGUGGCUGGGCAUGAGCCUCAAGGAGGCCAUUGCUGCUCCAAUACUGUUUGUCGAUUCCAAAAACAAGGUGAAUUUUGAGCAAGAUUUCGACAAGUCUGUCAUAGAUGGCCUCAGAGCACUCGGACACCAGGUUGGAGAAAUGGAAUAUUUUUUCAACGUCGUGAAUGCUGUGGAAAAGGAGAAUGGGUGCAUUGUCGGAGAAUCAGACAAGAGGAAGAUGGGAAUGUCGGAUGGAUACUGACGCUAUGGACACGUUCCAUGUGUGCCUUCAGAGCCUCGUUGAUAAACUGAGCAUCAUCGGGAUGCUUCUUAAUGGAAGCGAAGGGCUUGAAUACAUGGACCCUUUAUAGCGCACUGUCAAUUUUAACCCUUGACAUAAAGUCAAGUACAAGACUUUACUAUAAGAAAGGACAUUUUGAACCUGAAUUCUUAUUAUUAUUUUUCAUUAUACAUUUUUUAUUAUCACCAUUUGUCUUUAUUGAUCCAUUAUUAUUAAUUGAGAUCAUUUUGCUACAAAUAUGAUUAUUUGAUAUCAUAUUCUACAAUGCUCAGACAUCAUUGACAAAUUAGAAGUCUGUUCUGAAAGUUUGGCCUUCAUUUCCUAAAACGUUCUACGCAAACAAGAAAAAGUUUUAAAACAAUUACAAAAAUGUUCUAGUAUUUUUGGGGAUUUUUUUUUAUUACCUCUAAGCACAGAAAAACACAAAUAAGAUUAAAAAAAUAACAGAAUUGAUUUGAAGUGCCUUUUUUUAGUGAUGGUGUUUAAAAAUAAACUUUGAUGUUUUUUAAAAGAGUAAAAUUAAUCUGUUUUCUGUGCUGAAGUAACGUACCAAAUUUGAGAGGCUGUUUGUGGAUUUUUCUUAAUUUGAUCAUUUUUUUCCCCACAAUUUGAAAUUUUACAAUCACCUUGCCUUAUUUCCACUUCCCAAAAUUAAGGACAGCAUUUGGAAUUUCACAUUUUAACCGCCCCAAAAAAUGCAUACUAAAUAUGUUACAGUAUUUUUUUACUUAAUUCAAAAUAUUAGCAUAUUAAAAUGCUAUUAUACUGGAAUAUAUUUCCCCUUCAUUAUAUUCAACUAUUUUUAGCAUAACCUACAGUAUAUUAAGGUGAAAAAUGACAUGGUUUAUAGUGGAUUAUAAAUGACCAAUGGUUCCUUGUCCUAUAAAAGGUGUUCACCUGUAAAACGGUCUCAUUUGUAAUAAACUGGAACACACCUUACACGUAUAUAUCACCUGCAGCCAGUCAGCAAACCCAAACCAUUUUUACGACUGCAUUGUAUUUGUUGUUACUUUCAAAACAAAACACAAAGUGUAUCAAAGGUAUUGAUCCCAUUUCUCUUCUUCUACUGUACAUACUGUGUGAUCUGCACUAAUCUCCUCCAUGCCCUGUCUUGCUUCGGGCGCUCAAAAGACUGAAGGAAGCACAGCAAUACAUUCCAGUGGAGACUCAUUAUAAAUAAGUAAUGCUUUAAGUGGAUUCUGCUGCCUUUCUCCUGUGACACGCUGGCUGUGACUUAUAAGAUAUACAUUUUAUCCUGUGUAUGGCAUAGGAAGAUAACUUGUCAGUGUCAAUAGCAGCCAUUGGAAUAAAUGUAAGUGGUGGGACCGAGGCAAUGAACAAAUACUAAUUGCUGUCUGAAUUUGGAGACUAAUUUGUCAAAUUAAAACCAUCGCAAAUGUUUCAUAUUUCAGGUUGUACUUUAUGUCUGUGUUGCAUAAGUAAAAAC